UUUGGCAGAUAUGUCAAUAGAUGACUUCAUGGCAGAUGAUUUUGACUCCGAAAACGAGGAAGAAUAUGAUGAUCACGAUGACGACGGCAGCAAGACUGACAAGAAAAAGCCAAAAAGUGGAAAAGAUUCCAAGAUCACAGGCCACAAGAAGUCCCUUGAGAAACUGAAGACGUCCGACCCAGAAUUCUUUGAGUUCCUUCAGGAGAAUGAGGGCGGGCUUCUAGACUUUGACGAAUCGGAUGAUUCUGAGAUGGAAAGUGAGGAAGAUGAACUCGAUGACGAAGAUGAUGAUGGAGCUGAUGUCGAUAGCGAUGAUGAAUUCGAUGAUGAGGAGGAGGAAGAAGAAGAGAGUGGAGAUGAUGAUAUGGAAACAAAGAAGUCCAAUGAGCUUGACAGUGAUGAAGAAGACUUUGUUGAUGAGGAAGGUGAUGGAAGCAAGAGGAAGAAAAGAGGUGGUAUUCCUGUGACCUUGGCUCUGGUAGAUAAAUGGAGGCAGCAGCUUGAGAAGCAUUCCGUCAAGGCUCUGAGAGAGGCGAUGAAGGCGUUCCGUGCAGCAGUACAGCAAUCCGGAUCGGAAGAACACGUCAGAACUAAGUACUCUGUAGAUGGGUCUGCGUCUUUCAAUGCUGUCGUGUCUCUAUGCCUGAAACAAGUGUAUCCAGUUCUUCAACACUCUUUGGACUUGGAGGACAAAGCUGGCAAAACACCGCCUUCAAGUUCUCCUAGAUGGAAGAACCAUCAUGUGGAUGUGAAAGCCUAUCUGACUGAUGUCAUUCAGCUAUUAGGUAAUGUAGGUGAACCAAGCAUAGUGAGUGUAGUCCUUCGUCAUGUCAGGUGUCUCAUCCCGUAUUAUACAUGCUUUCCGAAGCUCGUCAAGGUCGUAAUCAAGAAACUGGUGAAUCUGUGGAGUACAGGAGAAGAGACGGUCCGGGUCCUGGCAUUCCUAUGUCUCUUCUCGAUAGUGAGGUGUACCAAGCAAUCCAGACUGGAUUUUAUACUCAAGCAAUUGUACCUAGCUUACGUUCGAAACACCAAGUUCACAUCACCCAGUACCCUACCAGUGAUAAACUUCAUGCAGAGGUCGAUGACUGAGAUGUUUGCUCUCAACACUCGGCUUACGUACCAACAUGCGUUCAUCUACAUCCGUCAGCUCGCUAUACACCUCAGAAACGCGAUCACAGUCAAGAAAAAGGAUAUGUACCAGUCUGUGUAUAACUGGCAGUACAUACACUGUAUAUACCUCUGGUGUCGAGUGUUGGCUACACUUCACAAUGAUGAGACACUGAAACCCUUGGUGUAUCCUCUAGUCCAGACAUCCAUAGGUGUUAUCAAGUAAGUUGAGUGUUAGUUGGUUAGAUAUGGGCCCGAA